CCUCACACUUCCUGUGUUACUCUGGAAGUGACGUAGUAACAUUUUAAAGCAGCUACAGAAGCCGGGACGUUUCGCCUUUCCCCAUUUCAUGGUUGCGUACGGUGAUGGAAGUUAGUCUCCGUCAGAUCACCGUUGCCUCUGACCCCGAGCGCACUUUUUUUCUCAAGGUCGAGUGGAAAGAGGACUUUGGAGCUGGAUUUGUAAUUCUGCUGUGUGAUGGAACCUCUGCAUGGACAGGAGAAGUCUCGGAGGAGGAGGUGUCCCGCGAAGCCCAGGAGAUGGAGAUGGCGAGAGAGCGGUAUGUGGAUGACCUCCAGGUGGCUCUGACUGGCAAGGGCACAGCGGCCCUGGACUACGCCUUCCACCUGACAGCUGAGCGGGGCCAGGGCCACGGAAGUGCCGGGGGACUCCACCUGUCUUACGAGAAGGUGCAGAAAGACAUCUCGUUCAGGUUGGGGGCGGUGGAGCUGACGCCGGUCCCGGAGCCCGCGGCGGUGGUCAGGGGGCUCAUCGCCCACGGGCUGGAGCGUGGCGGCCGGCUCCACGGCAGGAACCAGCGGCUGCAGCAGGAGAACGAGAAGCUGAGGCGGGAGCAGCAGCGCAUCACCGCAGAUAUGGAGCGCUAUGUCACUGGGAAGGAGACCCUGGAGCAGGAGCUCUACAGCCGCUUCGUCCUGGUCCUCAACGAGAAGAAGGCCAAGAUCCGAGCGCUGCAGGCUAGGGUGAAGCAGCUGGAGGAGUCCCUGGAGGAAGAGCGCGAGCAGAGGAAAGCGGCCAAGGCAGAGUGCAGCAAGGCAGCGGAGAGCACGGGCCUUGGGCCGAGUCCAGCGAGGGAAGAGAGCGACUAUGGAGCCAGCACUGAGGAGGAAGAGGAAAAGGAGGAGCGGCCAUCAACCUCUGGCAUCAGAACCUCUGCCAAAGACGCGUUCCGCUGCAGCCCCAUAAUGGAAGAUGGCUCCAGCGACAUCACGGACGUGGCGCCCAACCGCAAGCGCCGCCACCGCCACCUUCAGCAGUUGGAGGCCCAGGCCAAGAGGCAGGCUCUGGAAGAUUCGCACAGGUCCAGAAAUGAGCAGACACAUGCCAAGGCAGAGGCCAAAGAGACCGCCCAACGUCCAGCAGAAGUCCCUAAAGCGAAUCCGGAGCCAGAGGACCUGUUCGACGACUUCUGACCUCUUCUGUGUCCAUUUUUCCGCAUAUCAGUGGGAAGGAUGCUGUUUUUAACCAUUCUUUUUUUAAAACUAUGAAGAAAUCUGCUGACAAUAGAUGAAACAAUUUCCAUCAUUAAUUUAAGCACUUAUAUAAUUCUGUGAAUAGGCAGAACAUUUGCAGUUUUAUAAGUCAGGGUUGUAAACACUGUUUUUUUAAGCUGUAUAAAUGUCAAUAAAAUAUUUUCUUGUUA